AUGACGAUUUCACCUGUUGAAGGCUGCCAGAUAGCUGUGGUCAGUGCCCAAGCCUGUGGAGAUGGCUUCAGAAGGAGGACACUGCUGGUGCCAGGUGUUGGGGACUCUGGCCUCAGUGGGCCUGGGCCUGGCAAAGUCAUUGUCCAAGUCAGGACAGAAGGGAGAUCAGCAGAGUUCCCUGGAACUCAGACCUUUGUCAUGCGCAGACCCCACUCAAUUGAAGUGCCCGGGGUACUCCUGCAACACUUCAAGUUCCUGGCCCGGAGGCACCAUCCCCAAAGUCCUGAUACAGAAGCUCUUUCCUGCUUUCUCAUCCCAGUCCUGCAAUCCCUGGCCCAACUGAAGCCCACCAUGACCCUGGAGGAGGGAAUGUGGCAGUCUGUGCGGGAAUGGCAGCGCAAAAGCAACUUUGACUGGAUGAUCUUCUUCAAAAUGGCAAGAAAGUUCAUGGAGUAUGAGGCAGAGGAGGAGUUACAGAUUCAGAAGUUGCAACAGAGGACUGCGUCUGUGUGCCUGCCUCUUCCAGCUCCACGGAAUCUUGAUCCUUAGGGGCCUUCUUCCACUGUGGUUGGCCAGCACCCAGUGUUCAUUCCAAAGAAGGGAGGUCCCAAGGCACAGCCCCCCAACCAGCAUCAACACAGACCCCAGCAUCCUUAGGAGCCCAAGUGACCCAAUGAGAUCCCUCCUAAAGCCGUAAAGGAGUAUGUUGAAAUCAUGAAAUGUCUGCUUGGACCUGCCCAUUCAGCCACUGUGGAGCCAGAUGGGAAAUAUGAAGAAAAAGAAAACCAGCAAGAGCAGGAAGAGAAUGGGAUAUACCCAGACCCGGGACUCGUGAGCUACACUGACAAGCUGUGUUCACAUGAAGCAUUUAUUACCAAGGUGGAAGCAGUUAUUCACCCUCAAUUCCUGGAAAUGGUACUAUCACCAGAAUCACAGGUAGAUCCCAUGGCCUUAACGCAGGAGCUGGAGGAAGAGGAAAGACUCACUCUCACCCAGGUAAACCAGAGGAGGAAGGGAGAAUCAUAACAUGAAACCCACAGGAUUUCAUCUAAUGCAACAGUGCAUU